AUGAAAGUGUCAUUAUUGACUCUAUUGAGCUGCUUCGCUGGAGCAGCUGCAAACACAGCUGGUGCAUCAGCUAAGAGAUCCCCCAGUCCCUGCCAGGGCAAUAGCCCUACAGCCCGUCAGCAAUGGUGCGACUACGACAUCCGCACAGACUACACGGCUAUAGCUCUCGACACAGGCGUAACGCGUGAGUUCUGGUUUGACGUAGAUCAGCUCCUCGUCGCGCCAGAUGGGCGCCCACGCUGGGGAAUAGCCAUCAACGGCUCGAUCCCGGGCCCGACCAUUGAAGCCGACUGGGGCGACACGGUGGUCGUCCACCUGCGCAAUCUGCUUCCGGAUUCCGUGGAGAAUGGGACUAGCAUGCACUUUCAUGGAUUGCGGCAGUAUCGCACAAACCCCAUGGACGGGGUGGUUUCUGUCACGCAAUGCCCUAUUCCCUCCGGGAGUAGCAUGACGUACCCAUGGAGGGCGAUGCAGUAUGGAACUACGUGGUAUCAUUCUCUUAUUGGGCUGCAAACGUGGGAAGGGGUCUUUGGUGGGAUUAUCAUCCACGGACCCGCCAGUGCCAACUACGAUGAGGACAAGGGGGUUAUUCUGUUUAGUGACUGGGACAUCAACACCGUUGACGAGUUAUGGGAUUCGGCCCAACUGAGCGGAUCACUGACCGUUGACAACGCCCUGAUUAAUGGCAUGAACGUCUUCGGCGCAGACAACAGGCCAGAUCAGACCGGCCAUCGAUUCAACACCACCUUCACAACGGGUAAAUCAUACCGACUGCGCCUGGGCAACGCAGCAUGCGACACGCACUUCAAGUUCAGCAUCGACCACCACACAAUGACCGUGAUAGCCGCAGACCUCGUCCCCAUCAAGCCAUACAGGACCACGGUGCUAAACAUCGCAAUCGGACAGCGCUACGAUGUCAUCGUGCAAGCCGACCAAGCCGUCGUCGCCGACAGGUUCUGGCUGCGUGCUGUGCCGCAAAGUGCCUGUUCCAUGAAUCUCAAUGCAGACAAUAUCCGGGGCAUUAUCUACUACGAUGACGGUGCGUCUGACAAUAGUCUUCCGAAGACGACUGCCCACGCAUUCGAGGAUAGCGGCCAAGACGAGGAUGCGUCGCUGCUUGCCCCCAUCGUCUCCAAGGACCUAGAUAUCUCCGCCGCAGAGUUCUUCUACAACGAAUCCCUGGUCGUCACAGCCGCUAAAACCGCGAACGCCUUCUAUCGCUGGUACAUUAACGGGACAUCCAUGCACCUGAACUGGUCUUACCCAACCCUCCGUCAGAUUCAAACCACAUCACAGGUUCUCGCCAACACCUCGACUGUGAUAUCUCUCCCUAACCCAGAAACAUGGGUCGUUGUAGCCAUCGAAACUAACCUGGACGUGCCACACCCAAUCCGUCUCCAUGCCCAUGACUUUCUCAUUAUCGCACAAGGAAGUGGGACUUAUCAACCACCAGAAUAUCAUGGCCUGGCCAGGCCGGCAGGAUCACUCCCUAAGCGCGAUACAGCUCUCCUGCCGGAGUCGGGAUAUCUGGUUCUAGCCUACCGGACGGAUAACCCGGGUGCAUGGCUGAUGCACUGUCAUAUCGGCUGGCACCUAGAGCAGGGUUUUGCGCUACAGUUUGUGGAGCAGGAGGCCGCUAUUCUGGAGAUGUUGAUCGAUGAUGAUGGUGUGAAACAAGUGAUCGAAGAGAAUUGUGCAAAGUCGGACCAGUACUGGAAGGGGCGGGUGGCUCUGGAGGAUGGGUCGGGAGUGUAG